AUGGUGCAAGUGAGCAAGGAUGUGUUGUGUUUGGGGUUUGUGGGUGCUGAGCAAAGGCAACGCUACUCAUUUGAGAGCCCAAUGACGUCGAUUGUGAUCGGAGGGCAUCAGUUGGAGGACAAUCUUCUUCAGUUUGAUCUGGCUAACAAGAGGCUUGGGUUCAGCUCAUCACUUUUGUCUCGGGAGACAAGUUGUGCUAACUUCAACUUCACAUCUUCUGCUGUGAUUUAA